AUGCCGUCAUUUGAUGGAGAAUGCCCCCUUCCGUCGCCACUCCUGACUAUGGACGAGUUCGAGUCCUUCGAAGUGAAACUCCAGGACGAGGACUAUCGGCAGCAGUCGGUCAUAUUCAUGCUGUUAAAAUUAACAUUGCCCAUUCAGGCUGCCUUCCUAUGUACCCUGGGCGGAGGUCGAGUCCUCGAUUUCGUAAAAAGGAUUUUCGAACCUCUGUUCGGCAACCGCCUGUCGGCUGAAUUUAAUCUGACUGGCACACAUAAUCGACGUCACUUCCAGCGUACGCGGUCAUACGCACUGCUGGACGGUAGGCUUCACAUUAAGUUAACUGUCUUCCUGUAG